ACCCUCUCCUAAUAAAUACACCUUUUGAGAGGUAAAUAUUUUCUUUGGCUUCUGGGUGUUCCACGAAACGUGUCAGACCAUUCAUUGAGUUCUAGUUCUACCGAGUUCCAACCAUGUUCAAAUAACGUGUUGUCUCUUGGAAGGUGUUCUGCGGCUGGAGCAUGCUCGUAAGGCAGUGUUCCUAUUAGACAGGGAAGAUAAUUUAAUGGGAUUUCCUGUGUAUAUUCAGAGAUCUCAUUCAACAUUUCAUGCAUUGCUUCCUCCAUCACCAGCAGUAGCAAAAUGUAUACAGUGGGGAAGAGAAAGGAAAGCUGGUGCAAAGUGGGUGACGCGGAGGAUGACAAUUCACGCUAAAACCAAACUUCAGAUAAGGGCACUGAAUGCUAAUACUAACGCAAAUGAACCCAACAGCAGCAGCAGCAGCAGCAGCAGCAACAGCAAUCAAUUAACUUAUGUUCCACAAGCCGACUUUUACAAAGUAGAAGCAAUUCUGAGACCAUGGCGCAUCUCUCAAGUUACUUCGGGUCUCUUGAAAAUAGGGAUUCGCGGUGUGACUGUCUCUGAUGUUAAAGGCUUUGGAUCGCAAGGUGGAUCUUUAGAGCGACAAGCAGGAUCUGAGUUUUCUGAGGACAAAUUUGUAUCAAAAGUAAAGAUGGAGAUUGUAGUCUCCAAAGAUCAGGUAGAAGAAGUAAUAGAUGCAAUCAUUGAUGAAGCAAGAACUGGAGAAAUUGGAGAUGGAAAAAUAUUUGAUUGUCUUAUUGUUUGCCCUUGUGAAUUUCUGAUUGUUGCAGUGGUUCCUGUUGCAGAUGUUAUUCGAGUGCGAACAGGUGAGCGCGGAUUCAAAGCUGAGAGAAUGGCUGGUGGACGAGCAGAGUUACUUGCAGGUGCAGAGGAAGGCACUGUACAAAGUAACCAACAGUAGCCAUCACUUAGUCAAGGCAUGAUACUUUACUACCAGGGAAUAAUAGUUAGUAACUUCAUGUAAUGUGACUGGAUGUAAAUCAUGAAAGUUGGCUGCAUAUUUUGAUUAAAAAUCUUUCUAUAUUUCUCAGCUUUAGUGGCUAGUCAAUCGGUUUGUAUGUUUAGCUCAAUUUCUAAAAGUUAAGGGUCCACAGAAGCACGCAUAGCUUGGUAAUAAAGUGGCCGAACCUUAGUUUGGUAGUCAUAUUUCACUUGCCUGCAUGUGUGGAGCACAAGUCCGAAGUAAUACUCUUACUGUCAAAUGCCGUGCGCUCCACAGCAAUUUCUUGUACUGAUGUGGAGUUGGAAGGCUUUUUUCUCUAGGGACAUAAAACCUGAAUGUUGGAGAUCAUUUAAGGAUUUCCCUUUUUUUAUUUGCUAUGUGAAUAAUUUUGAAGCCAAAAUAAUCUCUCUGAAGAGUCAUAAAGAAGAUUCCUAUGGGACAAAUAUUUAUCUCAAUAAAUAAGGAGCAUUACAUGUGGUCGCAUGCA